UGAGGACGUGGCUAAGCGCCGAAAGGCUGUAGGGUGGAUUGUACGCCUCACCUACUUUUUAUCGUCCUCUUCAAUGCUGGAGCACUUCAAUGCAGAAUACGGCAUGCGGCGCUUCUCCAGAAACAAGCCUCUGGAUUUCCUAGGGCACGCAGUGGGGUACCUUGCCCUGUCCUGUGCUGAGGAGGACCAGGAGAUCAGCUGCGGGGCUUUCCAGGCACUGUGUAGCUUCAAGAGGUUCCUUCUGGUGCGACAGAGCUACUGUGUGAAACGUGAGGAUACAGAGAUGCCUCUGGAGCGGGAAGUUGUUAACAGCUUGUGGCCUAUGGAGCUCAAUGAUGAAAUGGCGGAACCUGGGAACUUCUUACUCCCUUCCGAGAGGUACAACGUAGUCCUCACAGUUUUGAGCAACAUGACACAAGAAAGAGUCUCUAACACCCAGGUGAUUGCCAACACGCUGAAGACAGCCUUGAUGUGCUUGAAGCUGACCAAGGUGGAUGACUACAUGCAGAUCAUCUAUAGGCAGCUGAUGCUUGUUACCAGAAGGUCGCUGUGGGACAUCCUGAUGCAGACCCUGCUCCAAAUGGCCCAGCUGCACUCUUGGGAUGUGACCACUAGCCUGCUGUCGAUUUCCAUCACUGGUGACAUAGACAUGGCCCUUCAGCUUCAGGCGAAUCCUAGGACCUCUGAGAACUGCCAAGACAAAACUUGUUAUGGCCAAGAUGGCCCCACUGAUUCUGAUCUGUGGCAUCGCACCACUACCGGGGCCAUGUGGAACGCGCUGGCAUGUGAGCCCAGCAUUUCGGGCAGAAUACUGAAGUCGCUGGUACUGAUCCAGCACACAAGCAUGUUGCAGAGCAACUUCAGGACAAACUGCAACUGCCACGUAUUGCUGACUAUAACUAAUGUCAUGCGCAUGGCCUUCCUGGUGCCUUCCAACCAAAGCAACAUAAGGAAACAUUUGGAGGAGCUCUUCAUGGCACUGGUCUUGCAGAUCUCCUUCACCACCAAGAGCCCACAGGAGGGCUGCUGCUGCUCUAAGAUUUUGAAUAAGGAGGCUGAGGAUCGUGUAGUCAACCGUCGCAGGUGCGUGGUGAGGACCAUGCAAGCUUUCUUCCAUUUUCUGGGUGGUGACUCCCUGGUUGAAGACAUCAAAGGGGAGGGUGCUUGGGACAUGCUCAUGAGCCCCUACGACUACCCCAGUGGCAUCAGGGUCCUGAGUAGAGUGCUGAAGCAUAAAGAACGGGCCAGCUGCACCUCCAUAUGUGAAGAGGCGGUUGGAAUCAUACGAUCGCAUGAGGACAUCUGUGCCAUUAUUGUCUUCAUUGAGCUCCUGGACUGCACCAGGCUGAAGAUUGACGAUAGCCUCAUCCUGUAUGUCCUCCACAUGCGGCUGCGUAGCGAGAGUUCAGUGCUGCGCAAGGUAGCGAUCACAAGCCUCGCCACGCUGUCUGAGAAACCUAAGCAGGCAAAGGCUAUGUCUCUGCAAGGCCUGCUGCCAGCCGUUAUGCAGCAACUGCAGGAUGAUGACUGCGACGUCAUGAAGGCCGCCCUGACUGUCCUCAGCAACAUCCUCUGCGUGGUAGACAGGCAGACGGCUGGCCCCAUUGCUCUGCAGCUGCUCAACAUGCUCCUGCCACUCUUUGAAAAUGCGAGCAGCUGCGUGCGAAAGCAGUCCAUCCUCCUCAGCAGAGAUGUGAUGAGGGUUUCAUUCAGGUCUCACAAAAAGCAGAUGAGGAAGGAUGUGCACAGAAGCCUCCUGCCCUUGUUCUUCCACCUGCAUGACAGUGACUCAAGUGUGGCUCAGGCCUCCAAGGAAGCUGUCGUUGAAGCUGCCAAGUUCCUGAGGUGGCAGCAGCUCCAGAAGCUGUUGCAGACAGAGCAGAUAUGGGGGGCUGCCAAGUGCAUGCUGAAGAGAAGCAGAAGGAGGUUGGAGGAGUACCUGCAUCAGAGCCUGCUGUAUCAGCAGAGCCCACAGGAGCCCUUGCGCGAGGCGGCCGUCAGGUUCAUUGGGCUCGCUGGGCAGCAUCUGAAGGAUGGGCGCAAGGAGAAGAUCCUGGUCAUUAAUGAAGCCCUUCAAAACAUGGAGAAUGACAGCAGCCCCUUGGUCUCUUCCCUGGUGCUCAAAACGAAGCAGAUGCUGUAUGAUGCAUGUGAAGAGCCUUCGUCCAGGUCCUUCCUGGCGGCACUGUGGUGCUGCCUCCGGAGGGCAGAGAGAAGGAGGAUCCCUAACCAGCUGGUCUGAUCCAGGGCACUGAAGUGGAAGAGCUUCCUAUGAGAUUCUUCCUCCAAGUGCAGGGAAACAGCAAUAGAUUGUUUUCUGUUGACAUUUUUUAUUAUGUCAACAUAAUGUUUGAAAGAAAAUUUUUAUUAAAUUUUCUACUGAAAUCACUUUUCUAUCCA